UAUAUGUCUGUGGGUUGCAUCUAACUCCUGUGUGUGCAAUAAUGUUUUUCCCUUUGCUGAGGCUUACUUCUCCAGCCUAUUGUUUGAGACAACAGAUAUAAGUUGCGAUGGGAGAGGAGCGUCGGAUUUGGUGUGUAUCCCCCAUUUCCAAUUAUAGAUGGAUCAUUACAGACAGCGGAGUCCUGAGAAGCCAGACAUCUGCUCCUCACAUGAAUGCACUCACCUCCUAGAGACCAGGCUGCCAUCAUGCUCUGGAAGCUCGUGGAGAAUGUCAAGUACGAAGAUAUCUAUGAGGACCGGCACGAUGGCGUCCCGAGCCACAGCUCACGGCUCUCCCAGCUGGGCUCGGUGUCCCAAGGACCCUACUCGAGCGCCCCGCCGCUGUCCCACACCCCGUCGUCAGACUUCCAGCCGCCCUACUUCCCGCCCCCCUACCAGCCGCUCCCCUACCACCAGAGCCAGGACCCCUACUCCCACGUCAACGACCCCUACUCCCUGAACCCACUGCACCAGCCCCAGCAGCACCCCUGGGGACAACGACAGCGGCAAGAAGUGGGUUCGGAAGCCGGCUCUCUCCUGCCCCAGCCUCGGGCCGCCUUGCCCCAGCUCUCGGGCCUUGAUCCCCGGAGGGACUACCACUCGGUCCGCCGGCCGGACGUGCUGCUGCAUUCGGCGCACCACGGCCUGGAUGCGGGAAUGGGUGACAGCCUCUCUCUGCAUGGCCUCGGCCAUCCCGGCAUGGAAGACGUCCAGUCAGUUGAAGAUGCCAAUAACAGCGGCAUGAAUCUAUUGGACCAGUCUGUCAUUAAAAAAGUUCCGGUUCCUCCCAAAUCUGUGACUUCUCUAAUGAUGAAUAAAGAUGGCUUCCUGGGAGGCAUGUCAGUAAACACCGGCGAGGUGUUUUGCUCGGUCCCCGGACGUUUAUCUCUGCUCAGUUCAACUUCAAAGUACAAAGUCACUGUGGGAGAAGUUCAGAGACGGCUCUCGCCCCCCGAAUGUCUCAAUGCGUCUCUCCUCGGCGGCGUCCUCAGAAGAGCCAAAUCGAAAAAUGGGGGGAGAUCUUUGCGAGAAAGGCUAGAAAAAAUCGGUUUGAAUUUACCCGCGGGCAGGCGCAAAGCAGCAAAUGUCACGUUACUCACCUCCCUGGUGGAAGGAGAAGCUGUUCACUUAGCUCGGGAUUUUGGGUACAUUUGCGAAACAGAGUUUCCCGCCAAAGCUGUCUCUGAGUAUCUGAACCGGCAGCACACGGACCCCAGUGACUUGCACUCCCGAAAGAAUAUGCUGCUGGCUACCAAGCAACUCUGUAAAGAAUUUACGGAUCUUCUGGCGCAGGACCGGACGCCGAUCGGGAACAGCCGGCCCAGCCCCAUCCUGGAGCCGGGGAUCCAGAGCUGCCUCACGCACUUCAGCCUCAUUACGCACGGCUUCGGCGCCCCGGCCAUUUGCGCCGCGCUCACGGCCCUGCAGAACUAUCUCACCGAGGCGCUCAAAGGCAUGGACAAGAUGUUCUUGAACAACACCACAACUAACAGGCACACGUCUGGGGAAGGCCCAGGUAGUAAAACUGGCGACAAGGAGGAGAAACACAGGAAAUGAAAAAAAUUUUUAAAAAAGAAGGAAAAGUGUUUUAAAUACAAAAGGAAAACAGAAAAAAAAAAUCUAAUUUUAGCUUUAAAAUAUUGGAUUGGCUUUGGAAGAAUUAUAUUAGGUAGAAUACACAUACAAUCAAAAUUUAAAAAAAAAAAAGCUAAAUAACUUUUAAAAAACUGAGGCGUACAACGGAGCAACAAUAUCGGUUCUCAGUGUCUAUUUCAAGAUACACUUGGAGACAACCGUCCGGAUUUUCCACUUCGGUUCUUUCGAGCUUAGUAAUACUGAUAAUAAAAGAAAACCAUGAUUUCCCCUCCCUUUGGAAAAUAAACAUAAGACUAAACAUGAGAAAACGCUAACUUAUUGGAAGAAAAUCGGAGAAACGUUGGUGUCAGUGCUUUGAGAGCUGGUUGACUGAGACGCACGAACUUCUUAAUUUUUAAUAUUUUUUUAGGAAACUCUCUUGCAGUCCCCACCCUCCACCUCACCCUUCUCCCCAGCCACCCUUUUCUACGUUGCCCUUUCUGCCUCACACUGUUACGGGAAUCUUUGGGAUGGGAAAUAGUGUGGUUAGCCCUUUUGCGUUGUUUCAGUCCCCUCGGAACCCCUGCCCUGCAUUCUUAACUCACCGGUGCCCAGCUCCCUGGCCACUUGCAUAAUUAGGGAGGGUGAGGGCGGGUGGGGCGGGAGGCCUGCCAAGAGGCAGGCGGAGGCUGCAGCUUUUGGUGCCGGCCAGCCGAGCAGAGGUUCCUGCGGCUGAGGAAAAUCCGGACCAAUAAGUUGAUUCAGAAUCACCAACGAUUCCUCAGAAAUGUCACUAGUUCCCAGCCUUGCCAUCAUCUGCAUACAGAGAAUCUUGCAUUUGUUAUUAUAUUUGUGUCAUCUACCAAUUUUAAGAACUAUAGUAAAAACAAAAACAAAAACAAAACACUAUGAAUACGUUGAUUAGUAUGUAAUUCCUUCGAAGGGGUAUGUACCAUUUCAUUCUCUUCUGUUUUCCAAAGCUUUGCCCGCAUGGUUUAUGAGCUUCUUCAAAGAGGACUUGGGCUUCCUACACAAUCUAUAAGGUACAGAGAAAAAAAAAAAAAUCCGAUCCCUUUUUAAUCAAAGCCCGUUGUGUCAGAAUUCUGCAGGUGCACUUCUUUAAAGAAGCUCAAAGGGAAUAAUUUAGAAAGUGGCCAGCCGAUAUGAUGGAAGCAGCUUUGAGUUUACUUGCUAACAUACCUCAACAUCAGAAUUCCGGCAGGGAUAGAGGGGGAGUGGGCUGCAAAAUGAAAUUUAAGGGAAAAGAGUAAGGUGUCUUGGAGUCCUAUAUUCUAACAGUAUUGCCCUGCAUUUAUAAUGCAUUCGAAUUCCCUGGGCUCUUUGGAAAUUGCUGUUUUAACGUGGAAAGAGCAGCUUUGCAAGUGGACGUGGGCAGGAGGAUGGCACAAGCUCCUGUGUUUCUGCAACAAUUGCUUUCUUACAAGAUGCUUUAUGGAUGAGGCAUUUUUCCCUUCCAGAUGUACACUAAUUUGGGCAUAUAAUGGUAAAAUAAUGCAAAGUGAAAGGAGAUGUAUUUCGGUUUUUAAUUUUACCGUCUGGAUACACUGGGACUAUUCCCAGUGGAUACAGUUUCAUGUGUUUAAUAUUUCUCACUUCUGGCAGUCCACCUCCUUUCUCGGGCUUCAUUUUAGCAUUAUCAUAAAAUAAGAUCUGGAACCCAUUGUCCCCACAUUCCCCAAAGCAGCAACAAAUCCCCCGGGGUAGGGGUGAGUGAGAUAGGUCCCUAAAUUUAGUGUAGAUACAGGAACCUCUUUAAACAAAGUAGCCAGGACUUUGCAACAUCUUGGAAGAUAAAGAUCCAGAUGUUGUCCUGCAGGAUUUACAGUUAGGACCCACUCAAAUACCUAAGACUCUCAGUCCCUUACCCCCCCCCCCUUCCAACUAGCCUUGGGGUGAGUGGAGAGGGUGGGUUUUUAGAAACCUGCUGAGAGCUUUGCCCAGACAGUUUUUAAUUGGGGGAGAGGUGAGGGGAGGAGGGGAGGAAUGGAAGGAAGUUAUGAAGCUGUUUUUAAGUCACCUGAAGGGCCCAAGCAACGGGUAAGAUCACACCGCAAUCCAUCUCCUAUCCCCAGAGCCUUUGGAGGCCUCUGGGUCAGCAGGGCCCAGCCCUAGAACGUGUCGUUGAGGGGAGUACAAAGGCCAGGAACUAGACCUUACGGAGAGUGUAGACGCUCCCUCUGUCCCCAGUUCAGAAAUCCGCACCUUUGUCCGAGGGCCUGGCCGCUUGCAUUAGAUGUAUUCUGACUGCACAAGGCCUGGAGAAACCACACUGAAAACCAUCGUCUCCUUUCCUUGCAGGGCAUCGCGCCCCACGCGUGUGACGUGCGAGAGACGCGAUGGACGCGCCUUGCUCUUACUGUGCAGGUCCUGAGAGCGUGUGGGCCACUCGCGCCCAGUCGUGUUGAGGACAUAGAAUCAGCCACUGGAGGGGCCGCCGGCCGCGCGGGCCCUUCCCGCUCUCGGUCUCACCCUAAGGGCUAAGACGACCGAGAAAGCCCCAUUCUCCAGUAGGUAAUCGGGCGGUACCCCGCGGGCUGCAGGCGGGGAGGGGUCCCAGCGCCGCUUAAGCUCUUUGCUAUCAGCGGCAACCCCGGGCGCCUGCUCCCGGAGGGAGAGUGGCCUAGAAAUGUCGAAGACAGCAGAAGCUUCCCCUCCUUCUACGCCUCUACCAGGAUAGAAAGGCUUCCCACCUUCUAGCUCCUAAAGGGGGGACAUGGGGUGGGAAUUGUCCUACUAGGCUAUGCAGGCUCCCUUCAGUGUCCUACCGUCCCUCGCGUGACCCAGCUACAUAGAACCCCCUGUGCGCCCCCACCCCCCCGCACCCUCCAGCCGCGUGGAGUGAGCGCAUUGCCCCUCUCCCUCCCUCACUUUUCCUUUCAUGUAGGUCCCCCGCCCCCUUGCUUUCGUUAGCCAAGCCCGCUACGUUUAUCUGAUAAUUGAGUUAUUAAAAGAUUUGGUUUCCUUGGGCCUAUAAAUCAAUAAACAGUGGGAUUAACGCAAGAGUUUGCCUUUUAAGUCAAGGGAAACGUUUAAGGCAAACCCCUUUGAGCUUUGUUUUCAAACCAAACAGGUGAGUUGCAGCUCUCCCCCAUCCCCUCCCUCUAGUUAUUUUAUCCUUGCCGCAUGUCUCCUCCUAAAUGCUCGGUCCCAAAUUAAAAUAGCUAAAGAUGGAAAGGAGAAAUCGGGAUGUGGCACUGCUGCCCCCACAACUUUCCACUUUGUAAGUUCCUUUGGAGGUUCUGCAGAUCUCCAGGCCAUUCUCUGUCCAACCCUGCCUCUUCCUACAACUAUUGUGGGUCUCAGGGGAGCAAGGAAGGAGCUGUCCUGGGUGAGGAUUCCAUCAUUGAAGGGAUUUUUAAUCCUCCCCCCCAAACUGAAAAGGUAACUUCCCUCCACCCCCCACCCCCAAUUAUCUAGCAUUUUCUUUCCUUCUUUCUGGCCUCCACAUCCUUAGCUUUCUCCACCCCCUCACACAGAACCGAAGAGGCUUUCAAAGACCUGUAUGUUUUGUUUUCUUUGGCCAAGGAAACCACUUUCUCUCAAGCAAUUAUUUCAUAUCCUAUGAAAACUUUGGUCAAAUGAAAAACCCCAAACCCGAACUUAUCUACACACUGUUCCUCUGGUACAAUGCAUUCCUAGUUAAAGUGUUUAUAGAGAGUUUGUCAUCCUAUCUGAUAUCCUGUACUUGUAAUACAUUAUGUGGAAAGGAAAUAAUAACCUUAAACCAUGUGAUGUUGCCUCAACAGCCCAAAUAGCGAUUCCCUCCUUUGCCAGUCAGUUAAAUUAUUGGCGUAAAAAAAAAUACUAAAAUUCGUUUUGUUUUCUUUCAAAAAAUGGAAUGAACACUAUCCUUCUUUAAAUGCCAAAAUCUACUCCUCUUCUAACUAGUCUCUAGUUCACCAACAUUGUUUUUGCCACACAAUCGAGAAUUAUCAAUCUAUUGACUCUUCACAAGGAGAGCUUUGGAGGGUAUUCAUGUUAAGUUUGUACAUAUUUAUUUAUGCUUAAUUUAAUGGGAAUGUGUAAAUAUGGUGAGCAAGUAGUUUGGGAUUAUUUAUCUGUGAAUCUAUACCUCUGUGAAUGGGUGGUUAAAAACAAAAAACCGCUUGACUCUAGGUAGAAUCCUAUCUGAAUUUUUCUGUUCUUUAUAGACAAGCUGUUAUGGUAAUGGGUAGAAAUUGGUUUAUUGUCCAGUGUUGAUCUGAUUUACAUAAAUAAAAAGAUUGUUGUGUU